UACGGAGAUUUCCCAGCAUGCUGUUCAGCAGGGUCGUGAAGAAGAGGCGUCACGAUGGAGUCCGCUAACUUAAAAAUCUGCUUAACAUUCGGGUUGAAUAGAGUUUGAGACGCUCGUGUUUGUUCAGACAGAAGCUUUCCAGAAGAUUCAUUUCCGUUCAUGACAGCCAGAUAGCAGACUCUGCUGCCGACAUCGUUGCCCUCCCCUCCCCUGCAGGUUCAGCCGGUCACCAUGGCGACAGACGUGGGCUCACCGCAGCGGUUCUUCCAUAUGCCGCGUUUCCAGCACCAGGCACCGCGGCAGGUGUUCUACAAGAGGCCCGACUUCGCCCAGCAGCAGGCCAUGCAGCAGCUCACCUUCGAUGGGAAGCGCAUGAGGAAGGCCGUGAACCGGAAGACCAUCGACUACAACCCCUCUGUCAUCAGAUACCUGGAGAACCGUUUGUGGCAGCGAGACCAUCGGGACCUUAGAGCCAUCCAGCCCGACGCAGGCUGUUACAAUGAUCUGGUUCCUCCUGUUGGCAUGCUGAAUAACCCCAUGAACGCCGUCACCACAAAGUUCGUCAGAACCUCCACCAAUAAAGUCAAGUGUCCUGUGUUUGUCAUCAGGUGGACACCUGAAGGCCGGCGUCUGGUGACUGGAGCCUCCAGUGGGGAGUUCACUCUGUGGAAUGGACUCACCUUCAACUUUGAGACCAUCCUCCAGGCCCAUGACAGUCCAGUCCGGGCCAUGACCUGGUCUCAUAAUGACAUGUGGAUGCUGACGGCGGACCAUGGCGGCUAUGUCAAGUAUUGGCAGUCCAACAUGAACAACGUAAAGAUGUUCCAGGCUCACAAGGAGGCCAUUAGAGAAGCCAGUUUCUCUCCCACUGAUAACAAGUUUGCCACCUGCUCCGAUGACGGCACCGUUCGGAUCUGGGACUUUCUUCGCUGCCAUGAGGAGAGGAUCCUCAGAGGUCACGGGGCCGAUGUGAAGUGUGUAGACUGGCAUCCCACUAAAGGUCUGGUGGUGUCAGGUAGCAAAGACAGCCAGCAGCCAAUCAAGUUCUGGGACCCGAAGACCGGACAGAGUUUGGCCACGCUCCACGCCCACAAGAACACGGUGAUGGAGGUGAAGUGGAACCUGAAUGGUAACUGGCUGCUGACGGCGUCACGUGACCACCUGUGUAAACUGUUCGACAUCAGGAACUUAAAGGAGGAGCUUCAGGUGUUCAGGGGACACAAGAAGGAGGCCACAGCUGUGGCCUGGCAUCCGGUCCAUGAGGGUCUGUUCGCCAGCGGAGGCUCCGACGGCUCGCUGCUGUUCUGGCACACCGGGGUGGAGAAGGAAGUUGGUGGCAUGGAGAUGGCUCAUGAGGGGAUGAUCUGGAGUCUGGCCUGGCAUCCGCUGGGUCACAUCCUGUGCUCCGGUUCCAACGACCACACCAGUAAGUUCUGGACAAGGAACCGACCUGGUGACAAGAUGAGGGACCGUUACAACCUCAACCUGCUUCCUGGGAUGUCGGAGGACGGCGUGGAGUACGAUGACGUGGAGCCAAACAGCAUGGCUGCCAUCCCUGGGAUGGGUAUCCCUGAGCAGCUGAAGGCAGCCAUGGAGCAGGAGCAGAGCAGUAAAGAAGCAGCUCCAGAGGUGGAGAUGUCCAUUCCUGGGUUGGACUGGGGUAUGGACGAGGUCAUGGGAAAGGACUCCAAGAAAGUCCCUCAGAAGAAAGUUCCAUAUGCCAAACCAAUCCCAGCGCAGUUCCAGCAGGCCUGGGCAGAAAACAAAGUACCAAUGAUGCCUCCUUCUGGAGAUCUGCCCAAAGACCGCAAGGUGGAGCAGAAGGUGGAGUUGAAGAAGAAGACGCAGGCGGAGCUGGAGCAGGAAAUGGCAGCGCUGCAGUACACCAACCCCAUGCUGCUGGAGCAAAUGAAGAUGAACCAGAUGAAUGCUGAUGGGAACUUGGGGCCCCCGCAGGGAUCCGGCACCAUGCCUCCCUUCUCUGGUCCCGGAGGCUCCAUGCCUCCUGGCCAGCAGGGCUUUGGUCCGAACAUGCCUCCUCAGCAGAUACCCAACAGCAUGGGGCCCCCGAUGGGCCCUGGAGGCAUGCAGCCGUCGUUCAUGCAGUCUGGACAGAUGGGGCCGCCUUCUGGACCACAGUCACAUCAGGGACCCCCGCAGGGCAUGAUGGGACCGUCAGACAUGCAAGGGCCACAGAGACACCCUGGCCCCCCCAGAAAUAUGGGCCCUCAAGGACCUCAUGGUAUGGGACCUAGAGGAAUGCAGGGCCCUCCUGGUGGGAUGAUGGGCCCCCUUCCUCGAGUAAUGGGUCCAAGGGAUCCUCAGGGGCUUCCACCUCAGGGGGGAAUGAUGCCACCUCAAGGGAACAUGAUGGGCCCCCAGGGCCCUAUGCAGGGUGGGAUGAUGGGGCCUCCACCCAGGACACAUGGCAACAUGCCCAAUAACUAUGGGAUGGGCAGCAUGCAGGGGCCCCCAGGAGGGAUGCAUGGACCACCUGGAAACAUGCAGGGGCCACCAGGUAACAUGCAAGGACCCCAUGGUAACAUGCAGGGCAUCCCUGGUAACAUGCAAGGACCCCAUGGAAACAUGCAGGGGCCGCAUAGUAACAUGCAGGAGCCCCUUUACAUGCAGCAUCAGGGUCAGAACUCUGGGCCCAUGAUGCAUGGGAUGGGCCAGCAGGGGCCCAACAAUAAAGGAGACCCCCGGGGGCCCCCACCCAACCACCAUAUGGGUCCCCCAGAUCGUCAGGGCCCCGGAGGACCAGACCAGGGUUCUGGACCUUACUGGGAGGGAAACCAGCAGGGACGACGUGGACCACAGGACUUUGAUGAAGGACAGGACUUCCAUGGUAGAGUAGAGGAAGGCUGGAGACCAGGUCCGGGGUACCAGGGCGGAGGAGGAGGACACCGAGGGGGACACCGAGGAGGAGGGAACGGGGGCAGCUGGGGCCCCGAGGAGCGGUUUAGUGGGGGAGACUUCAGAGGCCGGAGGGACGACAGGUACCGAGGUGGUGGCCUGGGACGACCUGGAGGUCGAGGUUACCCCGAUGAGUACGGUGGCCAGGAAGAAGACUUUGACGGCACCGAGGAGAUGGGCCGAGGCUGGGAUACUGGGGGCCGAGGGAGACCACCACGAGGAGGAGGUCCACCAAGAGGAGCAGGUCAUGACGGUUAUCGUGACGGACAGCAGAUGCAUGACGGCUCGUCUCUGGCCGGCCGAGAGCGUCCCUCAUCUCUGCAGGGGAUGGACAUGGCGUCUCUGCCGCCCCGGAAGCGCCCGUGGCAGGACGGGCCCGGGACCGGAGACCCGCGGGAGCGUGAGUCCCUAGGAGCAGAUGGAGGUCGUCCUCAACGGGACGACGGUGGAUAUGGUCCAUCCAGUAGAGGUGGACGGGGCGGCUGGGGACCUGGAGGCGGACCUGGUCCAGGCCCAGGUCCCAGGAGAGGAGGACCACCAUCCAGAGGAGCACAGAGGGGGGUGGGACGGAGUCGAUAAUCCUAAAGAAAUCAAGGAAAACCUCCCAUGAUCCUUUUCACCCUGCUGGUUCCACCACACUUAAGACCAGAUCCUCAUAAACCUCUAGACUCUAGACUUUUGAUCCUGUGAGCUGAUGAGGUGGCAGUCUGGCUGGACACACCUGGCGGACAGGUAGAAGGGGCGUGUACAGAUGUAGAGACUGAGUGUGUAUUUGUAUCGCAGCUCGUCUGCAGCUUUUUGUAACAGAUUUCUACGUGUUUGUGUUUUCACGUCUCCACCGAGGUGGACAAUAAAGAUUCAGUCCUGAUCCACCUCCA